AGACCCAAACGUAAAAGCCAACCUGAGGCAACUCGCGCACAUGCUUCCAGCACUUGCAAUGGCGCGACAUAGGCAUUAGGACUGCUCUCGCAACCACACGCGAACUUGCUCCCACCCACCCUGGAACGCACGGCGACCUGCCAGCUACGACAUCCACAGGCCUCGUCCCUCUGGCUUGCCACGGUGUAUUGCGAACUGCCUGGCGACCCACGAUACCACCACGCCAACACUUCGCUCGCAGCUGCCCAUCAACGCCAGGCACAUGCCCGCGCUGUAGCCCGCAGGGGAGUCGAGAACCGGUCGCCCCACCAAAACAGCGCCGCCACUACUUACCAAACACUAGCUGCCAAGACAGGACUGCUGUACUCUUCUCUGCCCCCCACCUCUAGCGUUCAACAAUAAAAGCGCUCACCGCCAUGUCCGUCCUGGCCCGCGUUUCCCGCAAUUCUGCGGUGUUGCGGAGUGCGUGCUUCCGCCUAGCUUCCCCGGCGAUUGCUCGGGGGGUAUUCUCAUCGGCCGCGGUUGCCGCCCACAAUGCUUCCGCCUCCGCCGAUCCCGCCGAUGCGUCCGCCGCCGUUGCGGGUGAUUCAACUGCAGGACGCGCACCAGGGGAAGCGGCAUCGAGUGGGAGAGUCACGUCGGCGAGUGUCGAUGGCGAAGAGGUGGCGAAAUUCGAAGCUCUCGCCAGCCAAUGGUGGGACCGCAAGGGCCCGCACGCCCCUCUGCAUGCCAUGUCAGCAGCCCGCGUGUCAUUCGUGCGCGACGCCAUGUGUAGGCACUUCGGUCUGAAUGCAGACUCUGCCCGACCCCUUGAAGGGCUCAGAGUGGUUGACGUGGGGUGUGGUGGGGGGCUGUUGUGUGAGCCGCUGGCUCGCCUGGGAGCUACAGUGACAGGCGUUGACGUGACACGUGUCAACACACAAGUGGCUGCUGCUCAUGCUGCACGAUAUCCUGUGACUCGUGCAAUAUCCUAUAAGUGCAUAUCUGCUGAGGACCUUGCAGCACAGGGGGCCACAUUCGAUGCUGUGCUCUCAUUAGAGGUGAUCGAGCACGUGUCCGACCCUGCAGCUUUCAUUCGCACUCUCACGUCCCUCUGCCGCCCCGCCUCUCCCCCUCCUCCCCAGAAUGCCUCUCCCCAGUCCUCCCCCACUCCACCAUCCACAGCACCGCAACCAUCCUCCCCCUCUGCUCCCUCCUCCCUCCCCUCGGUCGCUUCACCCUCCCCCCCCUCCUUAUCCUCCUCUCAGCCCACCACAUCCCCAUCCCCACACUCCACAUCGCAACUCUCCCCAUCCAUGCACACACCACCAUUCUCACCCUCACCCCCUCCACCAUCCACACCUCUGUCCCCACCUGCAUCCUUCUCUCCUCCCCUCAACCCCGGAGGCGUUCUCUUCCUCUCCACCAUCAACCGCACCGCUCGCUCCUUUGCUCUCGCUAUUGCUGCUGCUGAGUACAUCCUCUCUAUUGUUCCCAAGGGCACGCAUGAUUGGAACAAGUUCAUCACUCCCCUGGAGUUGGCACUCAUGCUGCGACAAGCAAAUUUCCAACUGGCAGAGACACGUGGCAUGGUGUAUGACCCAAUCAGCAACAGAUGGAAUCUCUCGGUUGAUGACGUGGCAGUGAACUACAUCGGCAUGGCCACUCCUGUAGAGUAGAUCACCAUGGCAAGUUAGCAAUACGACAUGGCCCAAUGGUACUUCACAACCGCUGCGCUCGAACUGAUUGAUGGUGUGAUAGGCAGUUAACUACUCUACACAGGCAUCCAAUGUGCCAAAACACUCCCCAGUGUCAACUUAUACAUAUGUUCUAUGUAGAAGUUAUAGGCUAGACUAGGUGCGUGCUUCUAGUGAGUACAACCCAACAGGUAUAUGUUCUAGGUUUCUCUUUCUAGUCAUCA